AUGUCUCCCGCACACUCGGACACACUUGCCUUUGAAGCCCAAGUCGCGGACCUCAAAGCACGCUUAUCAGAAGUUGAAGAAGGAUUGCUUGCUCUGAAGUGGGAUAUGAGUCUUGCGGAGCUUGAAGCAAGUGUUUUGGCGAGGGAGGUGAAGGCCGUGGAGAUUGAGGCGGAGAGGCUCAAAUGGUUGAAGAAGCGGGAGAGGGACGGGAACAUGACGGAGGAGGAGAAGGAGAAGGGCAGGAAGAGGGUCAGGAGGGUUUUGGAGGGGAUCAAUGGGGAUAAGGAGAGUGGCGAGUUAGAUGUUAGGGAAGAAGGUGGUGGGGAGGAAGAGCAUGAGAGGGAGGGUAGUGGUGAGGUUAAGCGGGUGUUAGAGGUAGUGGAGAAAUUGAAGGAAAGAUUGUAG